AUGCACGCACAGAACUAUGUACUCAACCUGGGCUCUAUCCCCAUCCCGCGCACCUUCUCUUUCUUCCGCCCCGGCUCGGGCUCGGUGCCCUCCGUCCCCGAACAAGCGACAUCCGCCAAAUCAUCCGUUCCGCGCUCGUUGGCUCGCACGCCCAGCUCGAGCGCCAGCACAAGCGCAAAGAAGGAAAACCGCCCGCUAGUGCCACCGGCGUCGGGGAAAAUCAAGCGCGAGUUCAGCUCGAUUAGUCGCCCCCGCAUACACCUUUACGAACCGAGUGUCAUAUCAAGCUCGGCUUCGAAGACACCGGGCGGCUCUCCCAUUGACUCUGACGAUGCGAGCGUGUACUCUUUCGUACCCGGAGAGGAGAACGGGCGUGGGGACGGCUGGGCCGACCCUGAGCUUGCGCUGAGGGACCCGAGGGCAAUUGUGCCGGUGGACCUCAACGAGCAACAAAACCAGUUCUUCAACGUACCCCUUCCAUCCGGCUCGGCGAGCUCGACGGAUAGCGAUGAACAACACCAUCACGGGGUUACCUCGCCUUCAAUGGCUGUUCCCGGCGCCUACCCAUUCACUCCUCCCGCUGGCUACGGACAACAGCCCGUCAUCUCCUUCCGCGGCCAAGAUGGGUACACAUACGACUACGUCGUCUCGCCAAUCCCGAGGCCGCGUCACCCGCCUCCGCCAUCACCCGCCGGUCGUCCGCAGCCCGUUCAUUCGCUCAGCGCGCCUCUGCCCGUGCGCGCAAAUAUGGGUCGCCCCGCACCUCGCCGCUCGGCUUCUGACCCUGAAGAGGCGGAGAGGCGCCGCAUGCUGCAACAGCAGCCUCCGCCGCCGCCCGGGCUGGCGCCUAUGCGCGAGCUGCCAGAGACAUGGGAACGUAUGCCCGCGGCCCCGCCGGCGCGCGAGCGUCGGGAGAGCAACGCACAUGCUCGCGAGCGCAGAGAGAGCAUCACACCCGCACCAGUGCUUAGAGAACGCCAACAGAGCAAUGCGUCUCACAUUCCCGCACGGCAUACCGCCACGCCUGCUCCUGUCAUGCGCGAGCGUCGCCCGAGCUACGCGCCUCAGGUGCCUCCGCAAGGCUGGGACCGUCGUGAUGUGCCGCAACCGCCACCCCAAGUCCCUGCGGCGCCCAUGGUGCGCUCGGGUUCGCGGCGUGAGCGGUCAAACUCCCUGUCCUCUGUCUCCGGCGCACGAUACGAGCGCGACCGCCGUUCCUCGUCACUCUCUCCCACGGAACUUGCACGCGCAUCGGUAGGCUCGCGCAUGUCCGAUUCGUGGCCGCAGCCCAUGCGCUCGAUGCCCGAGGGCGAUGUCGGGUCGGUGAAGGACCUCCCGCUCCUUCGUCGUCCAUCGCGUGUGCGCCGCGACUCGGGCGUGCAAAGCGACACCGAGGCAAUGGACCACGCACCGUCGCGCGCGCAGAUGUCGGCGCAGCUGCAGACCUUGCUCGGGGAUACCGGUAUGGGCAUGGCGCAGACGAGGUUCGAAUUGGCUGGCCCAGUACCUCGUGGUGUGCGCUGGGAUGAACGGCUCAUUUGUCCGUCGCCUGUACCGCUGCGCACGAGGCGGAUCGGGUGGUACAACAAGCGAGGUGACCAACUGUGGACGAACACGGGCGAGUACCGCAGCCCGCCACCAGGCGAGGAAUACCCUCGCGACCUGGCUCUAUACCCGGCGCCCGGUCACGGCUGGGAGAACGAGCACGGCGAACGUAUUGAUAUGCAACACCGGCGGAAGAUAGUGCGCAGCGCUCUUAAGAAAAGGAGCACGCAUGCGCAUGGUGGCUCGUCGUCCGCACGGGAGUUGUAG